UGCUUGGCCCCAAAUAGCCUCCCUUUCGCCGCGCCGCCCGGCUCACCCGUUCCGAAUCCAGCGGAAUCCCAGCGCGGCCAAGAUCAGGGCUGUCCUCAGCUGCGCCACUUCGAACUUCGAAGGCUUCCAUCUCUGUCUACGUCUGGGGUAGGGUGCGCAGGAGUAGAUAGAUUGAUCGAGGCUCAUCCCAUCUCCUCUCUCGUCGAAUCCAGAUCCGGAGGUUUCCGCGAUUUAUCACCCGUCUAAUCUGUCGUUCUACUGGAAUGGAUGUCGUCCUGACAUGGACAGUGAUGCGUCAUUUCGUUCAGCAAUCGUUAAUGGAGAGACCCUCAAGAUGUUUGUUGGGCAAAGAGUGCGCACAGUACUUAAAGUCCAGCACACUCAAGGUGGACUUCUUGUUGGGCAGUCGACUGAUGGACAUCAGUUGACCAUCAGAGGUGCCACGGAAGGCCUUAUGUCAAAUUAUCUAGAGGUUAUUGGGAUUGCUGACAACGACCAGUCCAUCACUGCUGAAAGUUCCAAAGAUUUUGGUGAAGACUUUGAUGCUGAUGUGUUCAAUGGGCUGUGCAAGCUUGUGGUGAACGGCAAGGUGAAGGAAGUUGUACUGUAGAGGAAGUCAUUUGCCAGAUCAAGCAUGCAUUCUCAGACUUUAUCGGUGCCCAAAUGUUACUCGAGUCACCUGCGUUCUCUGUUAUCAGUCAUUGGGCACUUGUUAGGACCUAUUAGGCAAUAGGCACUAUGAAGACAGUUGUGUUGUGCGUAUGUGUCUCCUGUAGUAGAUGAGCAUAUUGCUGCCUCCGCUCGUAAACAAAUAUAAGACGUUUCAGAUCACUUAGAACGCCUUAUAUUUGUUUACAGAUGGAGUAGCAACUACCAGUAAGCAAAGCAAACCUUGGAUUUA